AUGGCCACCGUCAGCCUCGAUGCAUUCUCCCCGGCCGAGGUGGUCGAGCGCAUCGCUCGCGCCGGCACCGCGAAGGGCAACAUGCGGCUGGAUAAGGUCUUCUUGAGCGCCGUCUCGGCGGGGGGAAUGCUCGCCUUCGCCUGCGGGACGGCCCUGAGCACCAACGCCUCGCCGUGGUUCCAAGACAACGCCCCCGGGUUGAUCCGCACGAUCAGCGCCUUGGUAUUUCCGUACGGGUUGUGCAUGAUAAUUCUCACCGGGGCGGACCUCUGCACCGGCUCCUUCAUGUACACAACCGUCGCCGCCCUCCAGCGCCAACUCCCCUGGUACAGAAUGCUCCUUCACUGGUUCAUCACCUUCUGGGGCAACCUCUGCGGCUCUCUCUUCGUCGUUGCCAUCAUUUUCGGCUAUGGCGGAAUCUUCAGCGCCGACCCCUACAAAUCCGAAGCCAUCUCCUUCGCCACCAAAAAGCAACUCACCCCCGACUUCCACGAGAUCCUCCUCCGCGGCAUUGGGUGUAACUGGCUCGUCUGCCUGGCGUGUUUCUUCGGGAUGCAGGGGCGCGACCUCGCCUCGAAGGUCCUCGGGAUCUGGUGGCCGAUCUUCGCGUUCGUCUCGAUGGGCUUCGAUCACGUGGUGGCCAAUAUGACCUUCAUCCCGCUGGGGAUCUGGUUGGAUGCGCCGGGAUUGUCGGUCGGAUUGUAUAUCUGGAAGGGAAUCAUUCCGACCUUGAUUGGGAAUAUACUUGGCGGUGGGGUUUUUGCGGGGACGUAUUUUUGGUAUAUGUAUUUGUUGAAUGGGGAGGGGUCGAUGGGGGGGAGGACUUCGCAGGGAGAGGAGGUUGAUGUUGAAGCUGCGGCGUGGUCGCAUAGCUCAUGGAGUGGCUGCUUGGGACCAUUUUAA